ACAAUGUGGAAACCUGUUGCUGCAUCAGUCAUGGUGCUAUAUGUUUUAAUUUGAUGUAUAAAAGAAAAAAAAACAUUAGUUAAUUUUCUACCACGGCUCUAUUGUGAAAGGCAGCCCAGGUCUAAAAGUCGCUCCACGCGGACGUUUGAGCCCGGCGGUCGGAGGAAAUGCAGCAUCGGUGUCGGUACCAAGAAAAACACCUGAGUUACUACGGCAACCAUUCACCCUGAUCUGUUGCUGCUCAGGGAGCCUGGAGCAUCAAAGGGAGGCCGGCAGCCAGGACCAUGGUGGGAACUGUUGGAAUCUGUUCGCCCCGGAUGAGAAACCAGUAGCUCCGGGUUGGGUGCCGCCGGCUGUGGGCUGCUACUCUCACAUGUGUCGCUUUGUCAGACAAAAGGCUUCCCACUGUUGCACGGCCACAUGUGAGUUCACGUGGUUCGGUUUCUGCCAGAUGCAGCCGACGAAGAACUACUGCAGGAAGGGACGGCGCCCGAGCAGGAGGCGGGGGCUAAUGUCUUCCGUUAAGGGGGUGUCCCAUCUGUCCAGGCGGGACAAAAGACGCUCCUAUUAUAGGAUACAGUUCUGGCUGUGGAGGAAGAGGAGCGAGAGGUGCGGUUUUUGGAUAUUCCGUCGGAGUCGAAGGCGCGGCUCCGGGGGCCGUGCCAGCUCGGGCCCUCAGCUUAAUUUGGAGUUGCAGGAAAGUCAAGUCCUCAAGUGCCCCUUAAAGAACAAAAAAAACUCAAAGGUAAGAACCCCAGCUCCGGUGUCGCCGCUCCAACAUGAUGCUGGAGGUUCUGGAGGGGCCUCUAGGGGUCGGAAUUGUCUGCCGCCAGGGGGCCCGUCAGGCAGUGUCUCAGUGAUUCGCUGUGGGUCGGAUCUGUCUUCAGGGACCAUCAGCGAGACAACCUCACCGACGUCAGCAUCGCUCUCCCAGAGCAGUGAAGGCUCUCUGGAGCCUGAAUGCAUCUCCCACACUCUACCCCCCCUGCAGGAGGCAGAGAGUACUGCAGCUGCAGGGAUUGAACCCGUUAGGUUACAGGCAGCGCAGACGGAUGCUCCUUUAGAAGAGCACAGUCCUGUCCUUCAACACACCCCGACGGAAACGCCAACCUCCUGUCUGAAUAAUGCUGACAUUAACAGUCUACCUAGAGAGAUCCAAGACUUCAUGGAAGGCUUCUACAGAAGAUAUGGAAGUUUCAUCCCUCUGCGUAAGAGCGACGUGUUGAAACACCUGAGGAGGAAGUUUAAAUCUAAAUUCAGUGACAGCAAAAGCGUGAUCGCCUCUGAGGUUGACAGAUGCAGAGCCGUCCUCCAGAACUCCGCCCCUGCUUUCCGGAUCACCUAUAAGAAGCACAUCCUGACGCUGGAGGACCUGCAGACGCUGGCUGAUGAGAACUGGCUCAAUGACCAGGUCAUGAACAUGUAUGGAGAGCUGAUCAUGGAGUCAUCCCAUCACAAGGUCCAUUUCCUCAACAGUUUCUUCCACCGGCAGCUCAUGACCAAAGGAUAUGACGGUGUGAGGCGAUGGACGAAGCAGAAUAUCCCACAACAGACCAAUGAGAACGACUGUGGAGUCUUUGUCUUAGAGCUUGUUGAAAGGCUGCAUCUAAACUAG